AUGGAGGUGGCAAAGGUUAGAGGAAUUUGGCCUACGGUGUGCGGGAUUGUCGUGCCGCCUAGGCCUUCUCGGCCCCAAUUGCUGGCGGGGCUGGUUGAUGGCCUGUGUUGUUGCCUUGUUCCUAGUAAGGACGAUGAUCUCGCCGGAUUGCGGCCCUUCCCCCGGUGCGCACGCCAUCCGCGCCAGGACGUCCAAAGAUCUGCUUACGGCGGACAAUUCGGCAGUGAACGGGUUCUGCAUGGCUCUCACGCCCAGCUUCAUUCCGAACUCGAUAAGCUCGUGAGGGGUACCCUCAGCCCGGGUGAUACGAAUGUUGGCCAGCAAUCAGGUCAGGAAAAUAUACGGCGCAUCUUCGAAACUAUCAAGAGACUGCAGGACAUGGGGGUGAUAGUUCGCAUCAGCUGGAUACCGACAGAUGUAGACACGCCCCAGAUCCAGACCGCAAAGAAGCAAGCCCGACAUCACGCCGACCCCGAGAAGACAGAACUAUGCACGCCAUAUCGAGCCUCAUCAAUGACGCUCUCAGCAAUCCACAGAACCCAAGCAAAGUACCAAGCCCUGCCGGCACGGGUAGGGACAUGGACCCGACAGAUUGACACUGCAUUCCCAGGCAGUCACACGCGCACGAUAUACGAUGCUCUAACAGCAACGCAAGCCAGGAUUCUCGCUCAACUGCGCACAGGGAUGAUAAGACUGAGGGGCUACCUGAGCAGAAUUGGAGCCCAGGGCAGGGCAUAGAAACGGUCGAACACUUCCUAUUCCGAUGCCAGAGAUGGGACCGACAGCGAACACAAAUGUAACAUGAAACAGGGUCGAGGACAGGCAAUCUGUCCUUCCACCUAGGAGGAAAGUCAAGAACAGACCGAGACGGCUGGGUACCAGAUCUGGGCGCAAUCCGGGCGACGAUCAAGUUCACACUGGCAACUGGACGGCUCGAAGAAAGCCAUGAAGCAGCGUGAGCCAUACUAAUCAUCCCAUUACUUAACC